UUGGCGGGAGAUGGUGUCAGUUGUAGGCAGGGCGCCGCGCUGGAAGGUUGAUGACCACAGCACAUGACCUGCUGUCCCGGACACAUUAUUCAAGACACUGCUGCUAUGCCUAUAGACUACAAGGACAAUAAACUGUUGCUGUUCUCCUUAAACACCAAGAGUUACAAGUUGCUUCUUCUCUCUCGCCAGUAAAGGCUUAAGCUAUGGAGACUCAGACUGAGGCCUUGAUGAGACACUCACAACCCACCACUAAGGAGUUCAAGAACUUCGACAGUCUCCUGACCACCUUGGGAGUGGGACGAUGGACUCUCCUCAUGUUUGGCUCAUACUUUCUAUGGGCGUUGUUGCUGCCUUAUUUCUCCCUGGGAGGCGCCUUCUACAAUCCCGCCGUGGACCACUGGUGUCGCGUCCCACAACUUGACAACUCUUCCUGGACCCUCGAGCAGCGGCUGAACUACUCUAUACCCAGGGAGGAGAGUGGCGGGAGGUCGCAAUGUCGUAUGUUCGUGAGGGACUACGGUGCCGUGGAGGGCGUUCCCUGGACCCCUGACCUCCAGACAUCACCGGAAGAGGCCGCUACCCUCCAGAUCCAGGAUUGUGACUCUUGGCAGUAUGACACCUCCAUCUUCUCCACCACUGUCUCUAUGGAGUGGGACCUGGUAUGUGGGAAGGCCAGCCUCAGUCCCUUCUUCCAGAGCUUCUACUUCUUUGGCACAGCUGUUGGGGAACCUCUCAUGGGUUUCAUUGCUGACAGGUACGGUCGGCGGCGGGUGGUGAUAGCAUCGACGCUAAUUUUUGUGUUGACUGCCACCUCCUCUGCCUUGGUGCCCUUGUAUUCCUUGGUUCUCGCUGGGCGCUUCGUACUGGGCAUGAUCCAUCCCAUCAUAGGGCCAUCUUAUAUCCAAGGAAUGGAGGCGUGUCCAGCCAAGUUACGCACAGUUCUUGGUCUCCUCUCUACCACGCCCUUCGCCAUCACCGGUAUGCUGUUCGGUAUGUGGGCCUACUUCAUCCGUGAUUGGCGAAACCUGCAGCUACUGUGUACUUUUCCAGUCGCUUUCCUCCUCCUUCAGAUACCAUUCAUGGACGAGUCUCCGAGAUGGUUGAUGAUGCAGGAACGGUACGAGGAAGCUACAAAGAUCCUCCGGAAGGCGGCCCGUUGGCAGGGAGUUUCCCUUCCUCAGCACAAGGAGCUCGUGGAACUCCUCAACAAGUUCAAGCUGGAGAAUGAGGCUGAGCGUCGGCCAGCAGUCAGCGGGUCGAGUCUGGGAGCGAGUCGUCGACUGGCUAUCUGGUGGCAGGACAUUACGGUGUUGGUAAGGACCACCACACUCCGCAGGAUCACUAUAGGACUCUUUGGCUGCUGGUUCUGCACAGGACUCACCUACUGGGGCAUGAGUCUCUCAGGCACGACGUUCAGCAACGAUCCCUUCCUCUACAUGGUACUAAGCUCCCUCAUGGAGAUCCCCGGCUACAGCGGCUUCACCCCUGUCGUGGCUCGCUUUGGCAGACGCUUAGUCCUCUCGGUCAACUUCGCCGUCUGCGCUGCCGCCAUCCUCACUAUUCUUGUCACGCCAAGUAGUUACACGUGGAUGAUCUUCUCCCUGGCGCUGGUGGGGAAGCUCUUCAUCACAGGCAGUUACGGAGUGCUGUACUUGGCCGCCUCUGAACUCUUCCCCACCUGUGUUAGGUCUCGGGGCCUGAGUUUGUCUUCUUUGAUGGCUCGCCUCGGCUCCAUCGUCUCACCCUUCAUCAUCAAGGUGUUGGCUGCAUCACACUGGUGGGCGCCUUCUGUGAUGUUCGGGGUAUGUGCGGCAGUGGGUAGCCUCAUGGCCCUGUUGUUACCAGAGUCUAACCACAAGCCUAUGCCUGACACCGUGGAACAGCUGGAGCUCCUCUAUGGCAGCAGAUCUUCCUCUACCAGCAGCAUUGGGGAGAAAGGUGCUGGUUCCUCCCUCAACUCCAAGGACAGUGACUGUGAAGAAGCAGCAGGUGUCUGAAGGCCAUGUGUGUAGUGUUGAAGGAAUUAUCCGCAAAAGUGUACUUUAAUCAGUUCCAGUUGUUUGACAAGUUCAUAUCUGUCACUUUGACAGUUACCUUAGUCAUUGUAUGAAGUCCUCAGACUUCUGUGAGCUACUUUUGGAAGAAAAAGAAGUGGCACGACUAGCAUACUAUACAGAUCUCUUGGUUUAAAUAAACAAACACAUAUAGAAUAUAACCAGAUAACAUAAAAGUUAGCUGUACAUAUUUUAUGUUAUAUGCAAAGCACAGUUGCAGAGCUCAGAAACACGGCGACACCAUUCAAGUUUCUGUCUUCCUGACUGUACGAGCUGAUGAGCGAUUUCGUUUUGCAGGACACAGGAAUUAUAUAAGUUAUAAUAAUUUUCGUUAAAAUUUAUAUAUUUAUUAGUUCUAUAUAAUAAUAUUACGAGUGACUAUAGGGAUAGCUAUACUGUAGUAUAUCACAAUAGGGAUAUAAAAUUUAGUUAUAUUUUUUAUACUCUGAUGAACUCUGGGUAAUAUUAACGAUUACCUGUUACCAAAAAUUACCAAUUAAUGAGAGGCAGAAAUAGCACCUGCACUUGGUUGAUAGAUGAUUUAUACGAGAUGUGACAAUAUGUUUUAGGUUGUGUGACGGAACGCUUACAUUCUCAUUGUCAGGAAUGAUUUAAUGAUUACAAACUUGCUUAACGACUGUAUGUUGAGUAAAAUAUAAAUAUAUUAGGUUGUUGACCUUCGAAAAAUAAGUUGUUAGAAACGUUGAUGCAGAAAAUUAAGAUGAUAUCAUCAGGAAAUUAGUGGAAUAAAGAUGAUAGUGUUUUAGUCAGCCUUCACGGAGUACCAAAGUGCCUCCAGUCUAGUGACUUAGCUGGCCAUCGACGUUGUAACCCAUGUUAAAAAUUUUCAAUUGGACACAAUUUAGUAAACAAUCCAGUUCAUUUUAUAUAUAAUUUAAAUAAUUAUGUAGUGCAUAUGUAGUGCAUAUUACCAUCGUAAUGAACGAUGGUAAUAUGUGUUUUCGUGAGGAAAUGUAAAUAAAGGAAGUUGAUUGUUAAUUAAAUCUAUGUAAGAUAAAGUUGAAUGUGACUUGUAAAUGAUUAAACGGAGGAUGUAUUGAAAGAGUUGAAAAUAAAUAUUAAUGGAGUUAAGAUAAAUUCCUGGAAUGUCACAGAAAACUGGCUAAAGCUAAGUGUGUAAUUUUGUAGUUCGCCGAGAAGAUAGAUGCUAUUUCCACUGAGUUAUGCUAAUGAUACAAGUGAAAGACGAAAAUGUAUAUGUUCCUAAAAAAUAUGAAGAAUGAAGUAAAGAUUUAAUAUGAGUGACGGUAAUUCAACAUUAUGAGGGUGAUCUGUUAUUAGUGAGGAAACAAAUGAGUGUUAAGGGGUCUGUGACGUCUACACAAUACAAAUAUUAACUGGAGCGACAUGUUGAAAUUAUACAACCAAAGAUGACUGUAUGCGGUGUAUGGAUGUGUGUGUGGAUGAAGUACAAGUAUAGGUAAUAAGAUAAUUAAACAGUUGGUGUUUAAAAGACACUGUUUGUUAAUGCAGGGAUAUAGAAAGUAUACUGUAUGUAUAUAUAUUUAUACGGAGAUGCAGUAAUGAAAUAUGAAUACUCUGUACGGAUAUAUCAUGCAGAUGGUCUCAGUUGUUGCAAUUAAUGACAUUUUGUUUUACCUCACUACGAAGUGGAAAAAGAAUAUCCUUUGUCAGUUUUGCUCAAGAUUGUAGUUUAGAAUUUUAAUGCACUAACUUAAGAUAUCUAUAAUUACUUUGGACUAAGUUUUUUAUGGAAGUAUUUUUACGCUGCCUCAGUUCACCACUGUGAUGUCUUCUGGUGAACCCAAACUUAAACAACAGACUAAUAUAAUACAUACAGUAGUUGUUAUGUGAUAUAUGACUUGCUGGAGAUGAUGGUGUCACAUCCUUAACGUCACGUGAUGAUAAAGUUUAAAAGUCAAACUUUUCAAUCUUAAAUUCCUAAAAAUUAAUUACUUUCUUAAACACGAUGUGUUUAAUUUAUUCUUUACGUGUUUGUUGUUUCAAAAAUAGUUUUGUUCCUUGACCUUACUAACUUGUUUAGUUAAGUGAAAGGUCUCAAAUAUAUUUGUGUUAUGAUUAUUUUAUACUUUACAACUGUAAAUAUAGCAGUUGGUUACCUAUUUACUAUGUAAAUAUGUUUCGUAAUUAAAUUUAUAUUUUAGUGCGAUAUAUUGAGUAACGUGACGACCUGUGUUAUGUUACAGAGUAUAUUACAGUAGUGUUCUACCUGAUGAAGCUUCCCUGUUAUUCUUACAGAGCUUUACAAUGCUCACUUGACACGUGUUACUGAUUGCAAAAUAUAUCAAAUAUUUUUUAAUAUUGAUAUUUAAUCAUGCUGUGAUUUGUUAAAGUUAUGUAUGAAAUUAUAUAUUAUACAUUAUAUAAAUAGAUAAAUAGAUAAAUAAAUAGGUUCAGAAUACAGGUAUAUAUAUUUGGGUUAAGUAAAUUUAACUAUUCUCAAAAUUACUUUUAGAUCUACACAAAGUUCUUAGUUUCAUUGUAACAGUAGUAAGUCCCCUUGAAUUUUUCUUAAUUCAACAAUAUAAGGCUUAUACCAGUGCCUUUUUUAUCUUGUAACCUUUCCCCUAAAUAAGUGAAUGUUUAAAAGAGAAAUUGUGUGGCGGCUGAUGUAACAGAUACAUGACUUGUAUGUUUUUAUAGUUAUUAUGUAUCACGAAGACCCAAAUAAACUUUCACGUUUCUUGUUA